UUUUUAUAUCAGUGAAUCAGCUGUUUUUGCGUUGCCAAAACAAACGCGCGCUAUCACCUCGUAGAAAAAUGCUCAUUAUCUUGAUAAAUAAAAAACUCCCCUGUGCUUUUUCUUUAGUCAUUUACCAAUAAACCGUAUAGGGUUUGCCUCAGUGAAGUGAUCCAAUCAUCCUGCAGUUGUGAUCAAUGUGAGUCAAGACGAGAUCCAUCAACACGAAAGCACCAUAGCUGCCAGAGAUUGAGAACCCAAUGGGACCCCAGAAUCAACAAAAUGGUCACGAACCUGAAGAUUUGGCGUCUUCAGAGACACAACUGCUGACCACAGUACUGCCAGAGCAGGAGGCAAAUGCCAGUAUUGAAAUUCCCAGAAGAAAACCCCUUUUCACAGUUGAGCCAGCAGUUUUUCUGAUAUUCUUUGCCUGGAGUCUUACUGGUCCUGUUUUUACCAAUCUGAUAGUCUAUCAGACUUGUACAAAUCUUCUAGGGUUCAAUGAGAGUGACUGUGCUCAACUGGGAACGGCGGAUGAGAGUGAAUAUAUUCAGAAUCUGGAGGAACAUGUGCAACCGUACACUGCCAAAAUGCUUAUGGUGAGAUCCCUGGUUGAGCAGAUGAUUCCAGCAUUCUGUAGCCUCUUCAUGGGACCUUGGUCAGAUAAAUUUGGCCGGAAGCCUUUGCUGUAUGCAUCCUUUACAGGGUAUAUUUGCGUGUAUUUUCUUCUUGCUGGGAUUUCUUUUGCCUCCACAAAGUUCACCCUCAAUCCCUGGCUCUUCAUGUUUGCCUAUGCUCCAGUGAUGUUCUCAGGUGGAACAUGUGCUCUGAUCACAGGCAUUUUCUGCAAUGUUAAUGAUGUGACCACGGAGAAGAACAGAGCCAUUAGAAUGGGAAUUACUGAGGGUGUACUAUUUGCUGGAAUCUUUGUUGGUUCCAUCUCUAGCAGUUACAUCCUCCAGUGGACUAAUUCUUCUACAGUAUUCGCCAUAUCUGGCUUAUCUUGCCUCCUGGGACUCCUCUAUAUCUGGCUGUGUGUCUCUGAAACGGUUGAUUGCGGUGAAUUCGAAGGGUCAAAAUUCCGAGAGCUCUUUCGUUUCGAUCUUGUCUGUGAUAUGGUGAAGACAUCUUUUACUCCACGUCCUGACAAUCGCCGGGCUAUCAUCUGGCUAACGCUAUCUGGGCUGGUGCUGUCUUUAGCUCUCAUGGAGGGUAAUAUGACAGUAUUCUUUCUGUUUACUCGUGCCAAAUUUGGCUGGACCAUUCGCGAGUAUACAAUUUACGAGUCCGUGAGCCUUGUUGUGCAAAUGGUGGGCUCUCUUUUAGCCCUGACAAUACUCAAGAAAUUCUUUAACGUGUCAGACUCUAUGCUAACAGCACUGGCCUUUGGGAGCGACUGCCUGCAGAAUGUUGCCAGGACUCUUGCCAAUACACCAAGAGAUUUGUACAUUGGAGUAGGUUUGGGGGUGAUGAAGAGCAUUUCGGGACCUAUGGGAAGAUCUGUGGUGUCUAAUGUGACUCCUCAGGAUGAGAUUGGAAAGAUUUUCUCACUUGUAACAGCUCUGGAGUCAAUCUCACCACUUGGAUCAGCUCCUCUCUACACUAUCAUUUACAGUAACACCAUUGAUACCUUCCCAUCGGCUUUCAAUGCCGUCAGCACUGGUGGGACUUUUCUGUGCUUCAUCUGGAUGCUGAUAGCCUAUGUCCUCGAGAAGGGACUUCCCCGAGUGCCUUACAACAAUCUCCAGGAAACUUGAUAUUGGCCUCUAUCUGUGAUCUACUUAAUUCCUAAGUACAAUAUUUGUACCAAAAGUACUCUUCCGGAAGUAUUUCGGGGGUACUGUAAAAUCUAUAGAGAGGCUCAAAGUCUCGACCAAAUAUAUGAAUUUGUAUCGCA